UUUUAUUAAAUUUUCAUCAAAAAAUGCCUACAACUUGUGGUUAUCCAAACUGUAAAUUUCGAUCAAGAUAUCGCGGCCAAGAAGACAAUCGCCACUUUUACCGUAUACCCAAAAGGCCUGCCGUUUUGCGCCAGGCUUGGUUAAAUGCCAUUGGAAGGAAUGAAGAAACAGUCUUAAGAAUUUGUUCUGCACACUUUUUUGGAGGAGAAAAACAUGAGGGGGAUAUUCCUGUAGCUGAUCCACAAAUUGAUACACCAAAAUUUAUUGAAUUACCGCCUAAGGAAUCGAGAACAGCUGAGAGAAAAUCAAGGCUAAAAGGCAGAGAAUUAAUAUUUUAUUAUUAA